CCCAGGCUGGACCUAUGAGCACGACAUGGAGCUGGGGCACUUCCUGUACGAUCACAGUGAGAAGAAGCUGCAGUGUGUGGACUGCACCAAGGAACACAUCAACAGCAUCGAGGUCUCCUCACAGACGGAGGAUUGUGUUGCAGCCCAUUUGACAGACAACCUGACAUACACCUUCUGGGAGAGCAGCGGGCUCCCGGGGCAGCACUGGGUGCGGCUCAACAUGAAGAAAGGCGUCAUUGUCAAGAGGCUCUGGCUGACACUGGAUGGGCAGUCCAGCUCCUAUGUACCCAGGAGAGUGGCUGUGUAUGGGGGAACACCAAGCAGGCUGCAGCACCUGAGAACAGUCCUAAUUAACGAGAACAGCUACCAGAAUGUCUGCAUCCUCCGUGACAUGAAAACCCACAUGCCGGUGCUGGAGAUCCGCUUCCUGGAGUGCCGGGGUGA